AUUCUGUCCUCAGAGCUCUCUCACAUGCAGGCCUACAUUCGCUUCUGCAGCUGCCAGCUCAAUGCUGCGGCCCUGCUGCAGCAGAAAACAGACAAAUCACCUGACUUCAAACUCUUCCUGAAGAAAAUCGCCAGUAAUUACCGCUGUAAAGGAAUGCCACUGUCCAGCUUCCUUCUGAAACCCAUGCAGAGAAUCACACGCUACCCACUGCUGAUCAAGAACACCAAGAGCAGCAAGGAGCUUUGGGCCUUCCUGUUUAAUGACUUCCUACUCCUCACCUACACCUCCAAACAGUUCUCAUCUGGGCCUGACAAGCUCUUCAAUCCCAACUCAAACGCACAGUACAAGAUGUAUAAAACGCCAGUGUUUCUGAAUGAGGUCUUGGUAAAAAUGCCCUCUGACCCUUCCAGUGAUGAUCCGGUUUUUCACAUCUCACACAUUGAUCGUGUUUACACUCUUAAGGCUGACACCAUUAAUGAGAGGACUACAUGGGUACAGAAGAUCAAGGCAGCAUCUGACCACUUCAUAGAGACUGAGAAGCUGAAAAGAGAGAAAGCAUACCAAGCUCGCUCGCAGAAGAACAGUGGAAUCGGGCGACUGUUAGUAACGGUCCUGGAGGCGACAGAGUUGAAGCCCUGCAAACCAAACGGUUAG